GUCAAUACAAUGAUGUCAUCACUUGUGUGUUGUGUUUGCCAUUCAAUCAAUUGAUUCAUUCAUACGAUUACUUGUUUAUAAUAAUAAUAAUAAUAAUAUUGGAUCUAAUGUUGGAAUUAACAGCUGAUGUCUUCAACCAUAACAACAAUCAUUGAAUCAAAUAAUAAUAAUAAUAACAAUUUGAAGAGCAAUUCAUACAGUGGUGACAAUCAUUAUAAUCUUCAGCUCAAUUGGAUGGACGACAUGAUGGGCAGCAGUGGCGUCGGCAUCGGAGGUGUCAACACCACCGGCGAUAUCGGCCAACUGGAGGGCAAUAUGAGCGACGACAAGAGUGCCGACAAUAAGCACAGGCCAUCGGCGUCGGCCAACGUUACAAUCGGUAGUGUCGGCGUCAAUGGUUCAGCAUUGGACUCGUUGGCCGAUUGCGAUACACUGGACGAGCCUAUCAUCGACACACUGAUGCGGGAUCUAAGAAGUAUUUACUUGAAACUCAAGUUCAUUAUAAUACCCGUUUCGUUGGCCGAAAGUUAUCGAAACGUACUGAAAGACUGGGAUCUUUGGGGACCACUACUGGUGACCACAUUUCUGGCACUAACACUCCAUCACAACGAAGAGUCGCGCGACGGCCAGAUUCUGGUUGGUCCGCACUUCGCACACAUUUUUGUAUUGAUUUGGUUCGCAAACGUUGUCUUAAGUCUCAACUAUAAACUGUUGAACAGUUGCCGCAACAAACGCGGACAUUCAACGACAGAGAAAUCGUUGGCCAACAACAACAGCGGUAAUACUACGGCAUUCACGCCGACAACAUUCCAACUGUUAUGCGUUUUCGGCUACUGUCUGGCGCCGCCCUGUCUUGGAGUCAUACUAUUGAAAGUGGUGUCCCUAUUGACCGGUCUGGCCGUACGCGAACUGUUUUACCAGAAACUUGUUGUCGGCAUUGCCCUGGGGUUUGUUUGGCCAACAUUUUGUUCGGUCAGAAUUAUCGGUAAGUAUAUAUCGUCCGACAAGAAAGCACUGGCCAUAUAUCCCAUCGCAUUGUUUUAUUUUGUGCUCAGUUGGGCACUGAUUACCACUCAUUAGAUGUGUCUGUGUUUCUGGUCUUACCAAUUGAUUGACGAGUUAUUUAUUAAAUUAAAAUAU